ACACUCCGUUUUUUUUUCUUUUUUCAAACGGAACUUGUUUAUUUUAUUUAUAUUUAUAAUUAUUUUUUUCCCCGGGAAAUAAUUUCUGAAAUUCCCACGCUAUUUUUCUUUCCAAUUCAGGUCUUAAAAUAAAUUAAAAAAUUAAAAAUAUUAAUUUCUUUUUUCGUGAAAAAAUAAAAAAUGAAAAAUUCCAACCCUUUCAUUUUUAUAUAUCUAAGCAGAGCAGAGCAAUAGAAAACCUUCAAACACAAACACAAAAACCCAAACGAAAAACCUUUCAUCCCUCUCUCUCUCUCUCCUCUUUCUCUCUCUAGAAAAGAGAAACUCUCACUCAUCGAUCAAUUCGGUUGAUUCUCUGAUCAGUUUUCCGGCGAUGGAAAGAGAAUGAAGGAGUAUUUCUGCUACUAUUAUAAGCUUGGGCGAUCAUGUCAGUUUCGUACUCGGACUGCUUCUCCGACCUACUUUGCGGUGAGGAUUCUGGAAUUGUAUUGGAGGAUCAGUAUUCGUCGGAGUCCUUAUCCGACUUGGAAUCAUCUCCAGCUUGCAGUGAGGAAUCGAUCGCUAGUUUUAUAGAGGAUGAGAGAAACUUUGUUCCUGGAUUCGAUUACCUCGCUCGAUUCCGCUCUCAUCCUCUUGACGCUUCCGCUAGAGCUCACUCCGUCGCAUGGAUUCUCAAGGUUUAUUCUUAUUACGGUUUUCAGCCACUGACGGUGUAUCUCGCCGUUAACUACUUUGAUCGGUUCUUGUAUUCUCGCCGCCUGCCGAAUACGGGUGGGUGGCCAUUGCAACUUUUAUCUGUUGCUUGCUUAUCAUUGGCUGCAAAAAUGGAGGAACCACUUGUUCCAUCUCUAUUGGAUCUACAGGUCGAGGGUUCCAAGUACAUUUUCGAACCCAGAACAAUUCGAAGGAUGGAACUUCUUGUUCUGAAUGUUUUGGAUUGGAGGCUAAGAUCAAUAACACCAUUUAGUUUCACCGGUUUCUUUGCAUGCAAACUUGAUUCAACUGGAACUUUAACUGGGUUUCUGAUUUCACGUGCCACAGAAAUAAUACUAUCCAAUAUCCAAGAAGCCAGCUUUCUUGAAUAUAGGCCAUCAUGCAUUGCUGCAGCGGCGAUGCUUUCGGCAGCCAAUGAAAUCCCUAGUUUUUCUAUGGUAAAAGCGGAACAUGCUGAAUCAUGGUGUGAUGGACUAAGCAAAGAGAAAAUCAUCGGGUGCUACGAGUUAUUAAUGAAAGAUAUUUUGAUUGAGAGUACUAGUAGUUGCCGUAAACCAAAAAUAAUUCCACAACUUCGCGUUACGGCUCGAUCUAAUAGAGUGAGAUCAGGUACAGAAGAUUCAUCCUCCUCCUCCUCCUCAUCAUCAUCAUCAUCCUCGUCAUCAUCUUAUAAAAGGAGGAAACUAAAUAACUGCUUAUGGGUAGAUGAUGACAAAGGAAACUCCUAGUGAGAGGUAAAAGGAAAAUGGUGGCCCAAGUUGUCUAGAAAAACCUCAAUAUUUUUUUUGGAGGGUUUUGAAAAUUGAGAGAUUAAUAUUGACUUUGGGUGAUGGGUGAGUGAGUGUAGAGUAUAUAUAUAUAGUGUAUGAAAAUAAAAAAAAAAAUAAUAAAAAAAGAAAUAUAUAUUUAUAUAUAUAUAUAAUGUAUGUAUGAGAGUUUGGUGAGUUUUUAGAUUUGUUAAUUUUUUUUGAGGUGGGCAAAGCCAUUUCAUUUCAUUUAAUGGCUUUGCAGAUUCCCAAGGGAAGGGGAUUUGUUUUUUGUUAAUAUUAAUUUUGGUGUGUUAGAAAAAAAAAAACAAAAGAAAAAAAAAAGUGAGGGAGAGAAAAGACAGAGACAGAUCUGUUUUAAUAGUGGAGUCAUGGAGUGUGAAAGUUAAGUGGGGUGAUUGAAUUCAAAGACAGCAUUGAUUAUUGAAUGAAAAGGGGUGGUGGAGUUAGUGGGACCAAUGAGUACUAUAUAUAUAUAAAUAUAUAGACAUUUAUGGGUUUGAUGAUAAAGAGGAAGAUAGGUUUUUAAUUUUGAUCAUCAAAUCAAAAGGUGUUUUGGUAUAAUGGAUUAAUUGAACUUUGAAGUUUGAGCUGAGCAGCUGCUGUUUCAUGGGAUUUCAUUUCAAGUCAAAUAUUUAUAUGGCCAUGGUCUCCAUCAUUGCUUCAAGUUUGAUCUACCUCUUUCAAAGAAACAUUAUAAUAAUUUUUACUUGUAGAAUUUUGAGUGGUACGUGUGCUUCGCAAAGGGUGUGUGGCACACACGUGUGUAUGCGUGCUUUUUUGGCGGGAACUGCCUCUUCUAUAUUGGCCUUAAAUUAAUUACGUUAUUUUUUUUUUCUUUCUUUCUUUUAACUAUACUGAAGGAAUUACUCUUUCAAAGACUGGUGUUCACGUGGUGGUGGUCACACGUGUUUUCACCAUUUAAUUUUGAAUUUUUUCAAUUUUUAUUUGAUUUUCCUUUCGGGAGGGAAAAAAUUAUAUAAGAAAAUCUCGCUUGUGUUUUUUUUUUGGUUUAUAUGAAAAGAAAAAGGCAUAUACAAAGGUCUUUGGGGCCUUCGUUUCGUGCGAGUUGUAAUGAACUGAUGAAUAUAUAUAUAUUAAUUAUAUCAAUAAUAAGAAAAUAAUAUAUGUAAAAGUGGUAUCUCUA